AUGGCAAAGAAACAAAAUAUUGAAACUUUCGAAGCAAUGUUACGUGAUGUUUGCUCAAAUGAGACCAUCUUCGCUGGAAAAGUUGCAGUAUUUGGUGGUGAUUUUCGACAAGUUCUUCAUGUUAGUCCCCGUUCCACUCGUGAGGAAUGCAUAAACAACAGCUUGGUUGAAUCAACCCUCUGGCCUCACCUUCAUAUUUUUCGUCUAACAGAAAACAUCCGAGCAUUACAUGAUCUUCAAUUUUCUGAUUUCUUAUUAGACAUCGACAAUGAAACUUACAACAACAUAGAUGAGGACUUAAUCACAGUACCUGAAUGCAUGAUUAUCAGCACAAAAGAGGGUUCAAAGCCAAUAUUAACAUUGGUUGAACAUAUUUAUCCAUAUUUUACUGAAAAUGCAUUCAAAUCAAAAUACUUGACAUCUCGAGCCAUCUUGACUCCUAAGAAUGAAUUCGUAGACAAUAUCAAUAAAGUCUUGAUGGACAAAUUCCUAGGAAGUACAAACACAUAUACUAGCUUUGACAAAGCGACAAAUGACAAACAAGAAAACUACCUACAAGAAUUCCUUCACAACUUGAUUCCAAAUGGAAUGCCUCUCCACCAACUACAACUCAAACAGUCUUGCCCAAUAAUGCUUCUAAAAAACAUAGACCCUACUGUAGGAAUAUGCAACGGUGUGCAAUUAAUAUGCAAAGCUCUUAAACCUAAUGUUAUCCACGCUGAAAUUAAGCAAUUUCUUGAAGAAGGUGGAGAUGAAGGCUCUUCUUUUGAAAACGGCUCCCAGCCCGGUCGCCAGCUUACUCCAAUUCCAGCGAUCUCCAAUCCCCCCACCUCUGAUGCUAUAAUAAUGUCUCCAGCUGAGCCGAACCCAGAGGAGCUUGUUUCAACCGAGCUCAACCGAGUUCUAGCGACGACCGAGCUUCUUGCUGAGACCAGACUCAGAGUUGAGCUGGAUGCUGAUCUGGACGAUCUCUUUAACUGA